AUGUUGGCGACAAGCAUGGCAGACGGCCGGGACAUCUACAAGGCAUCUUCAGUGGCCGAAAUCCGAGCCACGUUGGCCGAGCUGGGCCAGCAAGAAGCCACUGUGACUGCCCGUCUGGAUGCGCUGCUUGCCUCGCAACGCGAUCUCUCACGCCAAUUGACCAAGCUCGACCUCGCUCGAGCUCAUCUCGGUUCCCAGGUCGUCCACAUUCGAUCCAUCAGCAAUGGCAUGCUCUCGUCGGCCGCAUCCACAGCCGCUCGCAUCUCGGGCGCCGUCAAUCAGCUCGAUCGCGAGCAAGCCGCCGUCAAGUCGACCCUGAACGUCGUCGACCAGGUCGCCGAACUCAAAGCCUGCGUCUUGGGUGUCAAUGGCUCCAUGGGUGCCGCUCAGGACUGGGAGACUGCUGCCGAAUACCUCCACCGCGCUUCGCAAAUCCCCGACCAUGUCAUCGAUGGUGCCUUCGCCCAAGAAAUCGUUCCUACUGCCGAAGUCCCCGAUGCCCCGCGAGUCACCCUCACCCAAGCCUCGGACAGUCUGUGUGGUCUGUUCCUGCGCGAGUUCGACAAAGCUGCCGCCCAAGGAGAUGGCCAGAGGGUCACACGCUUCUUCAAGCUGUUCCCCUUGAUUGCCAAGUCGGAACAGGGCUUGGAUGCAUACGGUCGCUACGUCUGUACUGGCGUAGCAACACGAGCGAGAUCAAAUCUGAGUGCCACAAAUCAGCGUUCUGCUGGCCUCUUCUAUGCAAGCGCCUUGACAAAACUCUUUGAGCAAAUUGCCCUCAUCGUCGAUGGUCAUUCCCCUCUUGUCGAGAGACACUACGGUCAAGGCUCCAUGGCCAAGGUUAUCGAGCGUUUGCAAACAGAAGCAGAUACCCAAGGCGGCAUUGUACUGGAUGCUUGGGCCGACGAGCGCAGUCUUGCAAGGAAGAUCAACGAUGUCAAAUCAUAUGCUUUCUCCUUUCUUGUCCAGAGUUUCCUUCCAUCCCAAAAGUCUUCUGCUGCAAGGUCUUCAUCGCCCGCCUCGAGUCGUGCUAGUGAGGAUGAGACUGUCAACAUGAAAGAAAUCGACGCGCUUCUCAGUGAGACUGCCAUGAUGCUGAGUCGAUGGGCUCUCUACACCCGUUUUGUCGCUACAAAAAUUCAUCCUGGGGUCGAAGAACACAUCGCCAUGCCAGAUCUCCUGGUCAACAGCAGGCUGAACAAGAAGAUUGCAGAUGCGUUGAUCGAGCCCUUCAACACCAUGUCCACUUUCUUCUUCCGUCGCUCCGUCGAAAAGGCCUUCCAGAUGGACGAAUCGCCCUUUGACCUCACUCUCAAUCCCAACAAGCCUCUGGGCUCCAAUCCACCAUUCAUCACCUCUGCCGUCGACGAUGUCAUGUACAUUGUCAAUCAAGUCAUCCAGCGCACUCUGGCCACAUCGCAAAGAUCUGUUGUCGCCAGCGUCAUGCCGUCGGUCAGUCGUGUUCUGACAGGCGACUUCUUCGGCAUGAUUCAACGUAAGAUGCGCGACGAAAGCUAUCCCAAAGCCGCCAUCCAAGGAGCUCUACCUCCAGAAAGCAUCAUCAUAUCUUUCUUGGUUCUCGUUAACAACUUGGACGUCUCAACCGACUAUCUCCGCCGCAUCAUCAACACCAAUCUCGGUAAAGUUGACCCUAACAACCAAGGUCAACAACACGCUGCCAUACCUGACCUUUUCCCCUUCGCCCACGACGCCGUCUUUGUAGAAACUGCACUCAGCAACAUCCUCACCACCUUCGAAUCCAAAACCAGCGACCUUAUCUCCGAAGCGAUCGAAGUCCUCCUCAAGCAAGUCAUGCGACCCCGCUUACGUCCCGUCUUUGUCGAAACCUUCCGCGAUGUUGAGUAUUUCCUCGACGUCGACACGUCCGAAACCACAGAACCCGAUUUACAAGUGCCCCAACGCUUCGAGAGGGGCUGGAUGCAAUUCACCCGCCCCAUCAAACGCAUCCUCACCGAACGCACCUACGACGCCCUCAUCACCUCCACUUUAUCGUACCUCGCCCGCGCCCUCGAAAAGCGUAUCUGGAGCUACUACGGCCGUGUCAACGAACGCGGCGCGGCAAAACUCGAACGUGACAUCUCUGGCAUCGUCAAUGCGGCAGUCAAAGGAGGAAAGUAUUCACUCAGGGAUGCUUUCCAGAGGUGUACGGAGAUGACGUUGAUUCUGAAUAUGGAGGAAGAUGAGUGGGAGGAGGUGAGAGCGCAGAGUGUGGAGACGCAGAGGGAGGCUGGGUUGGAGUGGCAUCUGGAUGCUAGCGAGAGGGCGAGGACGAGGAGUAUCAUGACUGAUUCGAGAUAG